AUGUUAAAGCAAUUGCUAGUGGCAUGGCUGCUAGUCAGCGUGUCUUUACAGUUCAAGACGUCUUCAAGGACGUAGAUAACACCUUUGGAAUCAAUUUUAUCUAUUGAUCCCUCUGGAUGGACUUGUGAAAGUCCAAGCUAUAAAGAAUAGUUGGGAGCAUAGCAUGACAUUGAUUAAUGGAUAGACAUUGUCAAACACAAAGAUGGAUUUGAUGGAGAUUUAUAGGUUUUGGCUAUGGUCAAAGCUUUAGUUGAUAGAGUUUUACUAACUGUCUAACAUAUUUAAGGAGGAUCGUUUAUUCAAGUCAAAUAGUUGCAUCAUUAGAUCUCAAAGCAUUUCAAAUCACUCUCUCAAAUCGAAUCUACAUCAUCCUGGUAUGAUAUUAACGAUAUUUUGGGAUAUUUGGAAGUACUUAAUAAAGCAAAAAGUAUCAUUUAUAUAUCUAUUUUUUAGGUGAGGAAGACAAAUUAUAAUUGGCUCAAACUAUAGCUACCAAGAUCUCAGAGUUGAUUCAAUAAAUAACAGAAAUCUAAUUAUAACUAAAUACUAUUCCUAUUGAAAUUGAUUAACUCUAUGAUCUUGCCACUAGAGUCAAUGAAAAAACUUCUUAAUGCAAAGAUUAUUGGGCACCAUAAUUAGAAGCUGAUGCUAAAGCUGAAGAAGAAGAAAGAAGAAAAGAAUAAGAACAAGAAGAAGCUAGAUUAAGAGNUACAUAUGUAAGACAAGAUUAGAGAUAAUUGAAGCAAUUAUUCUUAAACUUAUUUUUUUUUAUUUUAGAGAAACAAUCAGGAUCUAAAAAUAAUCAUCAUAAUUAUGUACAUAUCACUUUAGUUUAAGAGAAGGAUGAAUCCAAUUAAUAGAUGUCAAUCAAAAUAAGAAUUGAUUAUGAAGGUCAUCAUUUAAGUAAAGCUGCAAUAAAUAGUUUACCAAUCAUCAAUCCUUAAACCAUUGGAGAAUUAAAACAUAAUAGUUAAAAGGCCUUUGACUUGUUAUUACCAAUAUCAUUGUUGAUUAUUCGAAAGAUUGGACCACAUGAUAAAUUAACUCUAAAACAAAAUAGAAUGAAUAGAAACUUUAUGGAGUUUUAAAUAUUUAAUGCUCUUGAAGAGAAUUAUCAUCUAUUGCCUAUAAUUUCAUUUUAUCCUAAAGACAAUAUUCUAACAACAUCAAGUUUAGCGAAGCAUUACUCCGAGUACUUUGAUUAGGUUCCAAUCGUGUAAUUAAAUUCGAUUCAGGAAUUCUGA